AUGGCGACGCUUCUGGGGUCCGAGUCCCCUUGUACUGGAGGAAAACGAAGAAAUUGCAACAAUAAUAUUGUCACAAAGUUCACGGCCAGUAAGAUUACUGGCCAGGGUUUCAGUCGAGGGACACAGCUCCCGGGAGGCCUGCUCCAGGAGAGAGAUAAACGGGCCAAGUGGAAUGGCAUCCCUACUCUGCUGCAGAAGCUCUACGAGAGCAGCCAUCCCAACAGUGACCUCUCCCAUGCCCACAACUUUCUUAAGGUAUUAUCAUCCCAUCUCUCCAUGGAGGCCAUGUCUUUUGUCACAGAGGACAGGAAGACCGCUCAGGAAUCCACCUUCCCCAACACAUACACCUUUGACCUCUUUGGUGGAGUCGAUCUGCUUGUGGAGAUCUUGAUGAGACCUACACUAACUAUGCAGAAGAAAAAACCCAAAAUGAAUGAUGACUUGGUUAAGGACUGCCUUAGUGUUCUCUACAACUGUUGUAUAUGUACGGAGGGGGUCACGAAGAGCCUGGCAGCGAGGGAUGACUUUGUUCUGUUUCUCUUCACCCUGAUGACAAACAAGAAGACCUUCCUACAGACUGCUACUCUAAUUGAAGAUAUUCUUGGAGUCAAAAAGGAGAUGAUCCAGUUAGAAGGCAUCCCCAACCUGUCAGGCCUGGUCCAAAGCUUUGACCAACAACAGCUGGCCAACUUCUGCCGCAUCCUGUCAGUCACCAUCUCAGAACCUGAUGUAGGGAACGAUGACAAGCACACCCUGCUCGCCAAAAAUGCCCAGCAGAAACGCAAUGCUAGUCCCUCACGGGCAGAGGUCAACCAGGUAACCCUGCUGAACAUCCCUGGGUUCAUUGAACGGCUGUGUAAGCUGGCCACUAGAAAGGUGUCUGAGGCCACAGGAGCGAACUUCCUGCAGGAGCUGGAGGACUGGUACACAUGGCUGGACAAUGCUCUGGUGCUGGAUGCCCUUAUGCAGAUGGCUACUGAGGACGCUGAACAAAGCAGUACAGAGUCAUCAGAUGAGAGUUCCUUGGCCACCAGCCCGCUGAGACAUCGACUACCCCAGUCCAUGAAGAUCGUCCAUGAGAUCAUGUAUAAAGUGGAAGUGCUCUAUGUGCUAUGUGUCCUUCUCAUGGGUCGACAGAGGAACCAGGUGCACAAGAUGCUGGCUGAGUUUCGUCUCAUCCCAGGGCUCAAUAACCUUUUUGACAAGCUGAUCUGGAGGAAAUACACUGCUUCAAAUCAUGUGGUGCACGGCCAGAAUGAGAACUGCGACUGUAGUCCAGAAAUUUCCUUCAAAAUCCAGUUUUUGCGGCUACUCCAGAGUUUCAGUGAUCACCAUGAGAACAAGUACCUCCUGCUGAAUAGCCAGGAGCUGAAUGAACUGAGUGCCAUAUCCAUGAAGGCUAACAUCCCUGAGGUGGAAGCUCUAGUCAACACAGACAGAAGCCUAGUGUGUGAUGGGAAGAAAGGCCUCCUCACACGCCUCCUCGCUGUCAUGAAGAGGGAGCCUCCAGACUCUUCCUUCAGAUUCUGGCAGGCGAGGGCAGUGGAAAGUUUUCUCAGAGGAGCCACCUCCUAUGCAGACCAAAUGUUCCUCCUGAAGAGGGGAUUACUAGAGCACAUCCUGUUCUGUAUCAUAGAUAGUGGCUGUACCUCCCGAGAUGUCCUACAGAGCUACUUUGAUCUUCUGGGAGAGCUCAUGAAGUUCAACAUUGAUGCCUUCAAAAGAUUCAACAAAUAUGUCAACACUCCAGAGAAGUUUCAGACCUUCCUGACGCAGAUCAACAGUUCUUUGGUGGACUCUAACAUGCUGGUGCGCUGCAUUGUCCUGUCAUUGGACCGCUUUGAGAGCCAGACUGAAGAUGUCAAAGUGGUGGAGGUACUGUCUGAGUGCUGCCUGCUGUCCUACAUGGCCAGAGUUGAGAACAGGCUUUCCUUCCUCUUUCGACUGAUCACGAUCAUCAACGUACAGACUCUCACACAGGAGAAUGUGAGCUGUUUAAACACCAGUUUGGUGAUCUUGAUGCUGGCCAGAAGAAAGGCUAAACUGCCCUUCUACCUCAACGCCCUACGGGAGAAGGAGUAUGCUGAGAAGUACCCGGGCUGCCUGCUCAACAACUUCCACAACCUACUGCGCUUCUGGCAGCGCCACUACCUCAACAAGGACAAAGAUAGCACCUGUCUGGAGAAUAGCUCCUGUAUCCCCUUCAGCUACUGGAAGGAGACGGUGUCAGUGCUGCUGGGCUCAGACAGGACUUCUCUGUGUGCCAUAGCGAGCUACAUUGAUGAGCCCUUCAUGGAUCUGGACAGAGACCUGCUGGAAGAUUGACCUCCAGCAUGUGCACUCACUGCGCUGGGGGUGGGACAGGGCAGAGGGUCACAGGGAGCAUGGACACCUAAAGCUGGUGACAACUCUACUUAUCUGAGCCAUCCAGGUGCUUUGUGACUGCGUUUCUGGAUGUAAAGACUCACCUGUUUGCUGUCUGUACCUACGCAUGGAGGCUGUCAUCACAGAUGUAAGGGGACAUAAUUUGCCCGGCGUUCGUCCUCUCACUGAGUUACUGCUCUUCUUCAAAGGAAACCUGUUUGCCCAUCCCAGAUCACCAACAUCGUAUAACAGACAAUUAAAAGACUUGAGGAAUGACACCUGCAUUGGUUGUUUGCUUUAGGUGAAAUUCAGAUAGAGCCUUUUAUAUAACCUAUACAAAAUUCUAUGAAAAAAAUAUGUAUGAUUCAACAAAUUAUAUGUUAGAAAAAAAAUUCUUUUCACAUGGACUUGGUUUGGAAAUGGCCACAGAUUAAACUGUCACCCAGAUGUGCAGGUCAGUGGCGCGUCACAGGGCUGCCAGGAGGGAGCGGCCUCAACCUCCCACUACCUACACACUCUCUGUUGACUCCAUGCCACUCCACUUCCUGACCAGUGGAGGAAACUGGUAAAAUUGGAGUUUUUGCAGGGGUCUUCUCAAUGAACAGCAUUUUCAUUUAACCUGUCUGUGGGUCUAUUUUAUUAGGUGGCUUGUUGUUGAUUGGUGCUUUCUGGCUCUACUUGGAACAUUUAGGUAGCUUGUGGGCCGGCUGACAUGUUUCACAAAUCACACGGGGCUCCUCUCACCUAAAACCAUCCACUCUGUUGUGGCUUCAGAAGCUUCACCCAGGGACUCGUCUCUUUUCCAGGUUAUUUUUGCUGAUUUAUUUUUGUGUUGUUGAAAACAAUGGCUUUUAGCUCUGGAUAAACUGUAGAAUAAAACAUUGCACAGAUGAAAUUGUUUUUAUUGUUUAUUAUAUCUUAACACAUUUGUUAAUUAAAAAAAACCUUCAUUUUGUAACAGAAUUUGUAUCCGUGCUGUGAGAGAUGCUUUGGGAAGAGAAUAAACUAUGCAGGUGCUAGUGUUAA